AUGGGACGACGCAAACGUAGGCUUUGCCUACAUGCACCCAUAGACAUUACAUUAGCCCAUUACAAUAGAGUGGCCCUACACUGGCCCCUCUGCGUUUCGAUUGCCUUAUUGUAUGUUGUAAUCAACGCUUACUAUAUAUACGCGUCUUUAAAGUGGUUAGAGUUUGGCCGCAAGUCUUUGGACCCGAAACUACCUGAAGAGUGGUCUGAAAAAGCAAUCGCUGAAAUGCCAGAGAAAGCGGUUUACGCUUACUCUAAGUUAUUUGAUUUAUUUGAUACCGUAUUCUUUGUGUUGAGAAAAAAGUCAAAUCAAAUCACUUUUCUUCACGUUUACCAUCACUUUAUGGUGCCAAUUCUGGGAUGGGUGGGCGCAAAGUUAUGCCCGCAAACAGUGAUCGUUGAAGUGUUUUGUUUGCUUAACUCUAUUGUACACACAGUUAUGUAUAGCUAUUACCUGUUGUCGGCAUUUGGACCCCAAAUACAGCCCUAUUUAUGGUGGAAGAGAUAUAUCACACGAUUGCAGUUA